UUGCUUGCGGGCAAUCAGCUGUUCGCUUGUUGGCUUUUCAGAUUGUGACACGCUUAUAGCGAAAUAUUUUGUAUUUAUUGCACAAAAAUGACCAACGCAGAGUUUCAGGCUGUGGUAUUGGCGGCUGGGCGGGGCACUCGUCUGCCGGAGGUGCUGGGCGAUGCUCCCAAGUGCCUGCUUCCUGUGGGUCCUUACCCGCUUCUGUGGUAUCCCCUAAAUCUGCUGCAACAACACAAUUUUUCAGAGGUUAUUGUGGUUGUUCUUGAGCAGGAGAAGCUGGAGAUCCAAUCGGCAAUGGAAAACACACCCCUGAAGCUGAAAUUGGACUAUGCCACAAUACCCGGCGACAGCGAUUUCGGUACCGCUGACAGUUUGCGCUACAUCUACGACAAAAUCAAGUCUGACUUUCUGGUGCUGAGCUGCGAUCUAGUCAGCAAUGUCAGUUUGUACCCACUGAUCAACAAGUUCAGGGAACACGACGCCUCUUUGGCCUUACUCCUCUUUCCCAGUGGCUUUGAGUCCGAUGUGGUGAUGCCGGGACCAAAGACCAAGCACAAGCCAGAGAGAGAUGUCAUUGGCAUCCAUGCGGCCACGCAAAGGCUGGCUUUCGUGUCUGCCGCCAGUGAUUGUGAAGACACCUUGAAUAUCCAGAGACACCUUCUAAAGAACCGUGGCCGAUUGGAUGUUUACAGUCGACUAGUGGAUGCCCAUUUGUAUGUCCUCAAGAAAUGGGUCAUUGACUACCUUCACAGGAAGGAGAACAUAUCGACUUUCAAGGGAGAGUUUUUGCCGCAUCUGAUCAAGAAGCAGCAUGCCAAAAGGGCACCAAAAACAGUGCAGGAUACCACCUCAGAUGUGGGUGUUGUUACCAAGAAUGAGGACCAUGUUUUGCAUUACGUUCCCCACACCAUUCUCGACCAGAAGAUCACGCAGUCAUCGCUGUUCAACCAAUCUUUGUCACAUGGACCUUACCAUGGCGAUGUGGUGCGCUGUUAUGCCAUUCAGGGGCCCAAAGACGCUUUUGGAGUGCGGAUAAACAAUACCCUUAGCUUCCUGGCCAUAAAUCGGAAGUUGAGCGGCAUCUGGAAUGGUUUGUGCGGCGAGUCCCAUCCGCUUAUCUCAACCGGUGCCUUGGUAAAGUCCACACAAACAAAGGAGAUUAUUGCGGCCGACAAUGCCAAGCUCUCUGAGAAGACUUCCCUCAACUUCAGCGUGUUCGGCCCCAACUGUGUCAUCAAUCCGAAGAACAUUGUAAAUAACUCUAUCAUCAUGUCCAGCGCCGUUGUCGAGGAAGGAUGCAACAUAGACAAUUGCAUCAUUGGCCACCGAGCUCAGGUGAAGACUGGCUCUGUUCUCAAGAACUGCAUCAUUGGUCCCAACUAUGUGGUGGAGGAAGGCACUCACAGCCAGGCUGUGCAUUUGUCGAACGCCGACCAGUACAUGGAGAUAGACAUACAGUAAUUGUUUAACUUAUGUGGCUUCCUUUAUUAACGAAUUGAGUUAGAAGGCGGAUUCUUCUAGCAGGACAUUAAAUAUUACAAAUAGGUACUCAAAA